AUGGCACAUACCAUAGUAUUCUGUGGCACAGACGAUAGUGGUUGAAUUCAUAACCUCCUUUGCAAAGUAGUGAAAAUUUUGUGUUGAAACUAUUGUAAGCCACGCUAAAUUUGUAUGUCUCAUAACUAUUUCUUAUCGUAAUCAUGUGCAUCGACAUGUAAAGGCUGUUUAACUGUGUUAAAAAUGCGAAAAUUAAAAAGCAAAGGUAACAAAAUAUUGCACCUGAAUCCUAGUGCAUUGUCAUUUUCUAUUUUUUCACAAGAUGAAAUUAAAAAAUUAAGUGAAGUGAAGAUUACCACUCCACUUUCAUUUAAUGCACUUGGUCAUCCGCUGAAAGCCGGGCUUUAUGAUCCAGCAUUAGGUCCUCUACAUGAGAACAGUGAGCCAUGUUACACAUGUUCAAACAAUGUAUACAACUGUUCUGGACAUGUUGGUUACAUAGAACUUUCACUACCGGUUGUAAAUCCUUUGUUCCACAAAACAAUCUUCCAUAUUCUGAAGUUGGCAUGUUUGAAUUGUCACACACUUCAAGUAAAAGGGGUUGCCAAAGUAUUGUUUAUAACAAAGUUAAAACUUUUGGGUGAGGGUCUUGUAACAGAAGCUCAAGAAACAGAAGAAGUUGUUGGAGACAUCCUCUCGUCAGAAGAUAGUACAGUGGUUGAUGAAGUAAAAGCAGAGUUGAUGAAGGAGAAAUUGGAUGAAUACUACAAGAAUAUAAUGAAAGAGGGAAGUACAGAUUGUAAAACACCCCCGAAGACCAAAUUUGUGGAAUCCUUAAUAAAUGACCUUCUUAAUGCAAUGGACAAAUCUGUGUUGGAUAUGAAGAAGUGUUUAAAUUGUAAAGCUCCGAUAAUUAAAAUUUUAUCAUUUCAAAAUAAAUUGGUGACUACAGUCCUUAAAGCUGAUGAAUCGGGAGGAGCUGAGAAUGGUGGAGAAAAUAAAGGGAAAAAGAUUACAACUGUAAUCUUGCCUGAUGAAUCAAGGGAUCAUUUACGUAAGAUUUGGAGAAAUGAGAAGGAAUUCAUGACCACCCUUUCACCAGUGUUAAAAAAUUGUGACAUGAAACACCCCACUGAUACUUUCUUUCUUGACCUGAUUGCUGUUCCACCACCCAAAAUGAGACCAGUGAAUUUUGUUAAUAAUAAGUUAGUUGAGCAUCCACAAACACAAGCCUACAAGCUCAUUAUUCAGGACUCGAUAAUCAUCCAAAAUAUUACGAGGACAAUCCGAGAUGGGGACACAAGCAGCCUGCCAGAAGAAGCAAAGGACCUGUUAGAACAAAUCCGUGGCGACACUCCUGAAGAGAAGCUGAUGCUAGCGUGGCAGCAUCUGCAGUCUGAUGUGGAUCACUUGAUGGAUAGUGGAAUGGGCCAGUCCAAUCAAAGAGGUCUGAAAAUUAGCCCAGGUAUCAAGCAGGUGAUAGAGAAGAAGGAAGGCAUUAUACGAAUGCACAUGAUGGGGAAACGUGUUAAUUUUGCGGCUCGUUCUGUAAUUACUCCAGAUCCGUGUUUGAGCAUCGAAGAAAUUGGUAUUCCAGAAUUAUUUGCCAAAUCUUUAACAUAUCCUGUGCCAGUUACUGAAUGGAAUGUCGCGGAUUUACGCAUGAUGGUUCUCAAUGGACCUGAUGUUUACCCAGGAGCUGUGUUGGUUGAAAACGAAGAUGGUACUAAAACAAGGAUAUCUACCACUGAUCAUAUUCAACGAGAAAGUGUUGCGAAGCGUCUCUUAACUCCUGGUGACACAUCUGACAUAUAUAAAGGAAUGAAAGUAGUACACCGACAUCUUUGCAGUGGAGAUGUGCUACUUUUGAACAGACAGCCCACUCUGCAUCGACCCAGCAUCAUGGCACAUAUUGCGCGCAUUCUGAAAGGGGAGAGAACUUUGAGACUGCACUAUGCCAACUGCAAAGCCUACAAUGCCGAUUUUGACGGUGAUGAAAUGAAUGCCCAUUUCCCUCAGAACGAACUGGCUCGCAGUGAAGCAUAUAAUCUCCUGAAUGUAAAUAACCAGUACUUGGUGCCGAAAGACGGUACACCACUGAGUGGUUUGAUUCAGGAUCAUAUUGUAGCAGGAGUACAUCUUUCAGUUCGAGGAAGGUUUUUUGGAAGAGAUGAGUACCAGCAGCUUGUGUUCCAGGCACUGAGUCACAGGGUGAGCAAAAUUAAGCUGUUACCACCAGCAAUCAUAAAGCCACUUCCAUGCUGGUCUGGGAAGCAAAUCAUUUCAACAGUGCUUAUAAACAUUGUACCUACUGGACAGUAUCCGAUUAGUCUCACGUCAACUGCAAAAAUUGCAGACAAGUCAUGGAUGGUCGAGGAGCCUAGGGUAUGGCAGGCAGGAGGAACCCCAUUUAAUGAUUCAAAUACAAUGUCCGAAGCAGAAGUGAUAAUUCGAAAAGGAGAACUUUUGUGUGGUGUUCUAGAUAAAACCCAUUAUGGUGCUACGCCUUAUGGAUUGAUUCAUUGCAUGAAUGAGUUGUAUGGAGGAAGUUGUUCAAGUGUACUGUUGACAGCGUUUUCAAAAUUAUUCACUUCAUUUCUUCAAAGAAACGGUUUCUCACUUGGUGUUGAAGACAUUUUGGUGGUAAAGGCUGCUGAAGAACAAAGAAUACACUUCAUCUCUCGUGGAAGAAAGGUUGGCAACAAGGCUGUGCGAUCUGCAGUUGACCUGCCGAAAACCGCAACACGAAGCGAGAUAAAAGAAAAAAUGGAAGACGUAUACCAAAACUACAAUAGAGGGAGAGCAAUGAUCGACAGUUCGUACAAAAGCAUGCUUGACAACAUCACCAAUAAAAUAAACAAGGCUUGCAUUCCUAACGGACUUCUGAAAAGUUUCCCGUACAACAACUUACAACUUAUGAUUCAGUCUGGGGCUAAGGGCUCUACCGUAAAUGCCAUGCAGAUCUCCGGCCUAUUGGGUCAAAUAGAGUUGGAAGGCAGACGACCGCCACACAUGGCGUCUGGGAAGACCCUGCCGAGUUUCACUAGAUAUGAUGUUACUCCAAGAGCAGGGGGUUUUGUGGAUGGACGAUUUAUGACUGGUAUAAAGCCACAGGAGUUUUACUUCCAUUGCAUGGCUGGCAGAGAGGGUUUGAUUGAUACAGCUGUUAAAACAAGCAGGAGUGGGUAUCUUCAGCGAUGCUUGGUUAAACACUUGGAAGGCUUAGUGGUUCGCUAUGAUUUGUCUGUCAGAGACAGCGAUGGAAGUGUCGUUCAGUUCUGCUAUGGGGAGGAUGGAAGAGAUGUUAUGAAAGCCCAAUUUAUGAAGGAGAAGCAAAUUCCUUUCCUUUCAGAGAACUGUAAAGCAAUCAAAAAUGUUCCUUUGGAAAUGCUCCAGGAUGACAAAACGUCAUCCCACAUAGCAAAGUGUAAGAGAAAGAUUCGGAAAUGGGUAAAAAAGAAUGGAAGCCCCUUUCAGAAGAACAGAACGACCCCUUUCACCACGUUUUCUGUCGACGUACAGAAAUCGGGUUCGCAGAAAUCGAAGAAAUUGAACAAGAAGACUGGGCGAUCUAAACGUGCCGAAGAAAUCUGCAGUCUUUGGAGAGAUGCCGACUCAGAGACUCUGGAAAGAUACAGCUCUGUAGGUCUGAAGUGCCCUGAUCCUGUCACUGCAUAUUUUCGUUGUUAUCGUGAGUUUGGGGCUCUUACAGAGAAACUGGAGCAGCUUAUGAAUGAUUAUUUGAAGAACAGACCAUCGAAAACAAAGCAUGAGUUUUGUGAAAUGAUGUUUGUAAAAUCGCUGCAGUCUCAUUCAGAUCCAGGGGAGCCAGUAGGACUGCUGGCAGCUCAGUCUAUAGGAGAGCCAUCUACCCAAAUGACUCUCAAUACAUUCCACUUUGCUGGACGAGGUGAGAUGAACGUUACACUUGGCAUACCUCGAUUGCGUGAGCUGCUCAUGACCGCUUCAAAAAAUAUCAAGACUCCGAACAUGGACGUUCCAUUUCUGCCAGAUGUACAUCAUUUAAAGAAUAAAGCUGAGCGGCUGAAACUGAAGCUUUGCCGAGUAACGGUUUCUGAUGUGUUGAGCUGCGUCGAUGUGACGGAUAAGUUGGAGAUUUAUCCUUCCAGGAUGCAGACUUACUAUAUGCAGUUCCAUUUUCUUCCACACGAAGCCUAUAAGUCCAGGUUUUGUGUAACGCCCUCAUACGUUCUGCAGUAUGCCGAGACACAGUUUUUUAAGAACAUCUUUUAUGCCUUGAGAAAAAAAAUGAAAUUCAGGGGUUCUGUCAUUCAGGUUGAGAAAUCAAAGUCGUCAAAUAAUGAAGACGCUAAUGAUGAAAAUGUUGAUCCAGAAAAUGUCCCGGAAGUGCAGUCAGAUCACGAUUUGGUGGACAGAGCGAAGAAGGCUGGUGUUGGCGAAGAGCACGAGAGCUCUGACGAAGAACAAGAGGGUGAAGAUGAUGAUGCUACCACGGCCCGCAAUAGACAGAGGCACAUGGAAAAUCAAGAAUAUGAGGAACCAGAGGAGGAGGAGGUCGAAGAAGAUGUCGCGAUGUAUGAUAAAUCUGCAGACGAGGGGAUGGAGGAAGCCGAGAGUGAGGAAGGAGUUGACAAAUUGAUGGACGAUAGUUCUCUGCACAACUUAGCCGAAGGCGAACAUGAUUCUGACAGGAUGCGUCAUGAACAUGAGGAUAACGAUGAUCUGGAUGAUGAUGAUAUGUUGGAAGCUGACAGUGAAAUACCUCUCCUUCAGGAUAUGCCCAAGAAUGUGAAUGUACUCACGUACGAGGCUAGGGUGAAAAGAGUGAUUUCGUCAAUGGAGUACAUAGUGGAUUACGAUUACGAUACUGAACAAGAACUGUGGUGUAAAUUGAAGUUAGCGGUGCCAUUGCAUUAUAAGAGGCUUGAUUUAACGGAUUUGCUGAGAGAAGUGGCUGCUAAUUCAGUCAUUUGGGAAAUACCCUCGCUCAAAAGAGCCAUUACGUAUGUUAACCCAAACGCACAAAAUCUGUCGCUAAAGACAGAAGGAAUCAACUUCCAGGAAAUGUUUAAAUAUGAUAAGCUUCUCGACCUCAACCGACUGUAUUCAAACGAUAUUCAUCAAAUCGCAAACAUUUAUGGGAUCGAAGCGGCGAGGAGGGUGAUCGUGAAGGAAAUGCAGGAUGUGUUCAAGGUCUAUGGCAUCGUAGUGGACCCGCGACAUCUUCUUCUUGUUGCAGACUACAUGACCUUCAACGGAAAAUACGAACCUUUCAGUCGAAAAACAAUUGAAGAUCACGCAUCUCCACUACAGCAGAUGUCGUUCGAGUCUUCUGUUAAUUUUCUGAAGAUAGCGGUAACACGGGGGAAGCGAGAUGAACUAGUGUCGCCAUCUAGUCGCCUGAUGGUUGGCCAGCCUUUUAUUGGGGGAACUGGUUCGUUCUCUCUCCUGCACAAACUUUCGAUUCCUUGAGCUAUACAGUUAACAACGUUUGCAUUACUUUAUUCAUGAUUACGUCUAAAGAAUUCGUUGUUUUGCUCAUACGAAUAACUUUUGUUUUGAUCAAAUAUAAUUAGAUUAGACUAAACAUAACGUUACAGGGUUUUUUUUGGUAUUAAUCUGUUAUUUCAUUAAUGUAAGUACCAUGUUCGUCAUUAAAUUUGUUUUUGUAAUAUA